AUGAUUUCUGCCGUACGGUCAGCCGAGGCAGGCGUAUCCUAUUGGCUAUCACCGAAGCUCACUUCUGCGAAGGGAACGCUUGACCUGCAGGAGAGUAAAGGUGGUCCUCGAGUCGAAAGCCGUCAACACUGCGAUGGUCCGUUGCCGAAUUCGAAUUCAUCGCAGGGUCUUCCAAUAAACUCUGUGCGGGUAGUGAAACUUUCGCGGGUUGAGCAGCAGCUGCUGUUGGACAUUGUAAGAAAGAAGAAAAGGAAGAAAGCUCCUCUCGCUGUCAGUGGUGUUCAGCCAACCGACGGCUCUACUGCGGGUCAGAUUUUUCGUUCUGAGUUGUCACAGACGUACGUAGAUGUACUCCGAGACAAAAGUCAUGAACACUUCUCAAAAGCUGUCCACCUUUUCGAGAAUUUCGGACUGGUAUUGUCUUCAGUGGUGGAGGAAUUUUCGGCGGCGGUUGAAAUCCGCUGUUUGAAAGCGUCCGGUGAUUCGUUGUCGACCCAACUUCCAUUGAGUUCUACAAUCGCACAAAAGUUCUUCGCCAUAGAUGGCAACUCUUCGCGAAGCGGAAGAAUACUUCAUGCUGAUUUCGAAGCAUGUUGCAACACGCAGUCCGUUUCGACCUCUAAAGCAUCUCAUCAGUACGAAGUAAUCACGAAAAAAUCCAUUCGCAAUGUACGGCAUUAUCACUGCCUUGCAUUUACGAAAGCAGAACUUCAACUUCCGUACCGACUGGCAGGCGGUUCUCGUUUA